GGGUGAUCUUUUAGAGGUGUAUGAAAUUAAGAGAUCAAGAGUCUCUUGCCUAGGUGAAUAGAGGACCAGAGGACAUAGGUUUAGGGUGAAGUGGGAAAGGUUUAAUUGGAGUCUGAUGGGUAACAUUUUCACACAAAGGGUGAUUGGUGUAUGGAACAAGCUGCCAGAGGAGGUAGUUGAAGCUGGGCCUACCCCAACAUUUAAGAAACAGUUAGACAGGUAUAUGGAUAGGACAGGUUUGGAGGGAUAUGGAACUAAUAUGGGCAGGUGGGCCAUCAAGUCUACUCCGCCAUUCUUAGUCCGAAAAAGGAUCCCGACCCGAAAUGUCACCCAUCCUUUUUCCCCAGAGAUGCUGCCUGACCCGCUGAGUUACUCCAGCACUUUGUGUCUAUCUUCACCACUCUGGUUCUUGUCAAGGCGAGCUGGAAUAUUAGUGGGUGAUGUCACACAAUGGUUUCCAUCGACGCUCAAGGUACCCGAGAAUGUUUGAAUAUACACAGGGCAACAAAAGCACAUGCUGUUUGUAAAAAACAACACAAAAUAGGGGGGGUGGGGAAGCCGCGAGCAAAGCAGACCCUCCUUGACAUAAGGAGGGAGGAAGCUUUGUACCCAUCGCUCUUAACAACAGACAAUGGUAUUUGGGACCAAGAUGAUUUCCGAAUCCAUCGGCUCCCUAGGUGUCCAUGAGGGUUUCCAGCACGCGGCGAGUGAGCCGCCAGCCAGCCUACUGUGCCCGAGCCCCGGCCUCUUCCACCACGGCCAGAUGCAGGCCGGGCACGCCACCUGCCUGCUGACGGGUCAGCCCUGCGACCACCCUCUGCCCGUGACCCGGCCCCAGAUGGCGGGCGACUACCCGGCGCCCGACAUCAUCACCAUCGAGCACAACUACUGCAGCCGCCGGGCGACCAAGCGGGCGGGAGGUGGGGGGGUGAGAGGGACCGGCUCUGCCCGACGCCUGCUCAGCACCCACCGCUGGAGCUGUGGGGCGGCCGCCCUGCGCUCCACCCGCCAGAGGACCCGCGCCCGGGCCCAGGCCAGGAUCGAGGUGGACGAGGCGGUGGACCUGGUGGUGGGCAUCCAACAGGUCGCAGGGCAGGCGGUGGGCAAGAGAGAGACAGAGGCCGAGGGGCCCGAGCACCUUCAGUCGUCACGGCAACGCAAGGAGAAGGAAAUCCUGGCCUGGAAUAGCUCGGGUCCUAGUAGCGAGCAGGCUGAUGGACUGAGCAGGAGUAGCUCAGACACCAGGAUCCCGCGGAAGUGCGAGGGCUUCGGGGAGCAGCCCCUGAAGAUCCACAGGCUCACCCCGGAGGAGUACAAGAUGGUGUUCAGCGCGGUGGUGGGCAAGGCCCUGACCAACACCGCCUCCCGGCCCACCCGCAAGUGCAGCCUGGAGCUGGCCAGGAAGAUCAAGGAGCAGCUGUACAACGCGGUCAACCGGCCCACCUUCAAGGAGAUCGUGCACACGGACGGCAGGGUCGAGUUCAUCGAACGCUACAACACGUCCAGUCGCAAGAGGGUCCCGCCACACUUUGAGCUGGACACCACCGGAGAGCCCGACUCCGAGGAGAAGGCCUCGGAGUGGUCGGAGUUUCCCGGGAAGAACUUAUGAGGCGGAAACUGCUGCCCUCAGUCUACCCCCUCUCACUCCAACCCCAAAAUCCUCCCUUCCAAACUGGAAGCUAUCUCCCACAAUCUCUCCCCCUCUCCAUCCCUAACCCCCUUCUCCCCCCACCCAAACUGGAAGCUGUACCCCUCAGAUUUCCCCCCCCCCCUCACUUUCUGCCCCCCCCUCCACCCAAAUUCAAAGGUGCCUCCCUCCAUUCCCCCCCUAACCUGGAGCCACCCCCCUCAGACUCUUCCCCCCUCCAUCCUCACCUCUAUCUGCCCCUUCUGUACCAACCCUCCCCCUAAAAUGUAGCUACAUCUCUCAAACCCCAUCCAACGCCACCUCCCCCCCCCCAAAUUGGAAACUGCCUUCCUCAGUCUCCCCCCCCCCCCCCCCGUUCCCUCUCCCAAACCAGAUUCCCACCCCCACUCCUUUCCCCCAAAACGGGAA